UUAUUACCAAUUGACCAUUGUGAGUUGUUAUUAUUACAUAUUGUACCUAUUAAUGAAGAAUUAAAAAUAACAGAUAAACCAUGUAAAGAGGUGUCUCCAUAUUUUUCAUCUGAAGUACAAUGUACUAAGUCUGGACGUCAACUGUACAAUAAACUGGUACAUCUAGCUCAGAUCCAUUUUGACCUGGCCUCUACCACUGUAACUGGUAUACCAAUGAAAGAAGAACAGAAUGCCAGUUCUUCAUCCAACUAUGACGUGGAAUUACUUCAUUCUGCUAAAGCUCAUAGAGAACUUAUAUCUGCUGCAAAAUCUGGGUAUGUGGAAGGUCUGGUGGUACCAUCUAAAGAAGGUCUACCAACAGAUACUGUCUUACUUAAAUGGUGUACUCCGAAAACAAAUGCUGUUGAAUUGCAUCAUUGUAGUGGAGCUUAUAGAAUAACACCAGUUGAUGUUAACAGUAGACCAUCUUCCUGUUUAACUAAUUUUCUACUUGGAGACAGAUCAGUUAUGCUGGAACAACCACGUAAAACUGGAGGGAAGGUGAUCUCCCAUAUUCUAGCCAGUCAUGGUGGAGAGAUCUUCAUUCAUUCCUUACCCACCUACAGAUUUCUACUAGAAGAUCCACCUUCUAUCAGUGAAGGCUGUGGGGGGAGAGUAACAGACUAUAGAAUUCCUGAUUUUGGUAUUUUCAUGAAAGAAAAUCGACUGGCGCCAGCAACAUCAACUUUAUUAACAGAUUAUACAUCUGACCCCAUAGAUAGAGCUUUAAAUGUACUAGAAAGAAGAAGUCGUUAUUUACCAAUGGUUAUCAGUGAAUCUAUUCUGUCUAGUAUGAUCUCAGUAAAACCACUACCAACAUUAAUAGUAAAAGAAACACUAACAGAAGAUGAUGUACUAGAAUGUAAAAAAGCUGUUUUACAUGUUGUUGAAAUGGAAAGUAAAAAUGAACCCUUAAUGGCAGCUACAUCAGGAACUAGAGGGAAAGGCCCUAAAAGAGAUGAACAGUAUCGUCAACUGUGGUCUGAAUUAGAACAGAUGGCCAGUCCUCAUUCUGACUCUUCUACUGAACAUGCUGAGAUUCUACAGUGUAUCUUGGACUGUAAACGACCCUCUGAUGAGACUAAAGCUUCCCCUAAGAAAGAGAAAGCUGCAGUGAAAGAAGAGAAGAUGGAUACAAGUGACUCUGAUCAACAUGAACGGUAUGUAAAACCAAAAUUAUGA